GCUUGUUCUAGAUUGAAAUUGAUUAAAUAAAUGUUUGGUCUUGUAGAUACUCAAUGCCUGCACAAACAUUAUACUAGUAUAUAUAUUUUCCUUUGCUGGAGAAUCAAAUUUUUUCAUAAUGCAUUUGUUUAUUCUUCUAAUAUCUAUCUUAUUCUUGAAUAGACAUAUACGAUAAAAAAAUUAAUUUUGCUCUAAAGUAAUUUAAUAAGUAUGAAAAUAAGAUAAAAUAAAAAAAAUUAAUUAAUUCAUGAUUUUUACGAGAAUGAGAAGGCUAGAGAAGGAGAGAAUUGAUUACCCGGAAACGCGUUCAACAGUAAAACGCUAAUUCGAUCAAGAGGUGUAACCAGGGACGGAACAACUAGUUUCCCUAGAAGAAGAAAAAGAAAGAAAGAAGGAAACAAUGCAGUCUCCUAACGAGAAAGAAAACGAGGGCUCUGCGAGCGCACGCGCUCUCAGGACAUAUACCGUGUGUGACACACGUACAAUACUCCGUUAUGCGCAUGCGCGAGAAGCGGUUUUCAUCUCGGAGGAUCGCAGGCUGAAUAGUCCCGCUGGCUGGCUUAUGUUCUUAUGGUGGGAUGAGAAGGAGGGCCAGUUGACGGUCACGAUGGUGGGAGACGAAGAAAUCAACGGGGUCCGUGCGCGUUGCUCAGGUAGAUAGGUAGAUAGGGGCGAGGGGCGGAGGUCGAGGGACUGGGAUGUAGUAGGGAGGAACAGGCCGAGAGUACGGGGCCUGCACUACUGAGCUAAACACUCACGGAUUCAGUAGCUUACGAGAGGCCUCAUGGUUGAGUUUACGGUCGAUUCGUGCUGCCUGUUGGAAACGGAGCUGUCGAGAAGAUAACUGUAAAUUCGCCGAGUGCAGGAAGUGACAGGCGUGUAUGGACCUAGGUAUCCUGUACCUAUACGAGUACCGGUUAAAAAUUCAGUUCGCGAGUGACACUUUAAUCGAACAUCAAAAUUUUGACUGGGCCCUGUUCGGGCUUCCGGCAAUCGGGUUGCUGAACAGUGAACCUGUCAUUUGAUUUGUGAAAAAGAGUUCUUUGCGUCCACGUGUGGAUCUAUUCACAUUCAGCUUAGAAUUCAUUCAUGUAGAUCCUCGAUGAUUCUCCGUGACGUGAAGUAAAGACAAGGUAAAUGAUGAAUCUACAAUCGCGAGAUCACAGGUGGAUUUAACAAUUUUUAUUAUAAUCUUCUAUUGGCCGGCGUUUUUUAAGUACUCUUAAGCAUGAUACUUUUGUGAUCGUUACAGAGACGUGUUUCGCUUUGCGCGUUUUUUUUUUUUUUGCGUCUCAUUGUGUCGCGAGCGAUCUUGACUGUACUCGUAACAGCGAAGCUCGCUUACCCCACUUCGAUGUAGUGGCAGUGUAAGUGAUAACGUCGUGCAUCGCUUUCAACAUCAGGUCACGAUGCCAAAGAUCUUUUUGAUCAAGAACCGACUGCAUCAGCAGUUGCGGCUGCUGGAAUCGCAACAUACCAGCAAGAGCCCACCACUUGGCAGCGGCAAGGACAGCCCGUUUGGCAGCUCGGAGCCGCUAAGUCUCAUAGUCAACAAGGAUCAAUAUCGCGACAAAACCGAUGAUGACCGUGCAACGACCCCGGAAUCCUUACGCAGUAGCAGUCCGGCGUCGUCGCCGCCGCCUACGCAACCGGCGAGCAACACGACCAGCCCGCCACCCAGACGAUUCAUUUCCAGCAUCCUCGGCGGUGACGUGCCGUACGGCAGCAGGCGUCACGUGCUCACCCGGGCGGAACGUAAAGAGUACAGCAGCCCGCCGAUAGUCUCGGACGAUCCACCCCAGUUCCUGUCCAAGUCGGAAAGAAUCGCUCUGCCGAGGCCGCAGACGCCACCGAAAGCGCCCCGUGUCGAGCCACCUACCAGAGUCUCGGUUAUCCAGAGGGUGCCGUCGCAAGGUCAAUCCACUUCUAGAAAAGAGGGGAAUAAGAUCGAGAUCGAGAGAGUCGAUGCGGUGCGAGCACCCGAGCCGGAGCAGGAACAGCCCAUCGACUACGCCGUGCCGAAGCGGAAAGACGAGGACGAGGAAAAGUGCCGCGAUGGCGCAAUGGCAUCGCGAAGUUCGGGCAAUUCCAUCACGAGAUCUUUGCUGGCCGUAAAACUGUCCGGCUCGCAGGCAGCGGUGCAGGCAGCCGCGGGACACGGCAGAUCCUCGAACUCGGGUAACGGCGGUUCCUCCGGCAGUGGCAGCGGCGGUGGCGGUAAUUCCUCGCCGUCCAACAGCGGCAUCGGCGGAUGCGGAAACGGAGCGAUGAUCGGCGGGGGCGGAGGCGGCGGCAGUGGCGGUGCCGUAGGUGGCGGCGCGGGUGCGGGCGGCAUGCCUCCCGGAGGUAACGGUGGUCGCGGUAACUACGGACCGAGCUCGCCGCCGACGGGAUCCCUACCACCGUUCUACGAAUCCCUCAAGGGUGGCAAUAAUCUCGCCAAUUUUGCCAAUCAGUACAACACCGCUCAAGGAAAUGCAUAUCUAACACCAUUGACAGCGGUCGGGAUUGAAUGCGAUACCGGUCAACAGGACAAUUCUCAACACGCACAGUACAAUGCGCAGGAGGGUAAACAGUAUUCUCUCCUUCAAAAUGUCUGUGCAAAUGUAUGCGCGUCCUACGGCUUGACGUUUAAGGAGGAAGAUGAGGAAUUGGGAGCUUACAAGAUUCAACCGGACUUGUUGUCUAGCCAGUAUGCUUCCUACGACGUCACCGACACGGGCAUGAUGGUGGAUAUGGUGACUGGCGCUGUGGUAGACCCGUUGCAAUUCACUACCGGUACCCUGACCUUCAGUUCACCUUCCGAUCAUACGGCAUUGUUGGAGAGCCUCAGCGAUGCCGCCGACCUCUUGUUGCCCAGGUUGCAGACCGAGGACGGAAGCAGCGAUCUUCUAGAAGAAUCGUUGCAUUCGCCCGCCUCGACUGGCAGCAGCGGAAUCGGUCAAGAUGCCGGUCAGAUGACCACUCCCGUCGAGCCCAGCGUUGAUCCUUUCCCCGAGCAUAGCAUGGCCUUGACCAGAGGCUUUGAUACGAGACACUACACGACUCCGCAACACUUUAACGCGUCCAAACUCGCGAGCUUGAAUUAUGCGGGCGGAGAAUCAAGUUAUCAGCCAUUGCCGAAGGAACGCCCGGAACUCGCACUGCAUGUCAAUCAAAAUCAGCAGCACCAGCAAGAUCAACAGCUGCAAAUUCAAGUGCAACUGCAACAGCAGAAGCAGCAAACCGGCGCGUCGCCGCAUCAACAACAGCAACAGCAGCAGCAUCAGGGGCUUUUAAGCCCCGGAUUGAAUUUUACCAGUAAUGGUUUAGAGUUGGACUCUGGUAGCAGCGUGGGUGGAAGUCUGCCUAGUCCCGGUACUGCUAGCUGUUCUCUGGACGGUACCUCAUCCGGCACCUCACCGUCGUGUGCGCUAGCGGAACACGCGCACAGUCCGGUCGUGUCACCCACCACAGUGGGCGCAGCGCAAACCGCUGGACCAGUCGGGGAGCCACCUCUUUCGCAACGGGUCGGUGUACUUCAACAAAGGCUGGGUUUACCGAAUGACUGUCAACUAGAAUUUGUUAACGGGGGUCACGGCAUAAAAAAUCCUUUAGCCGUCGAGGGUCAAAGGCAACCUGGAGUCAAUCGAGAUGAAGAGAGACCGAAUCGAACUCCACCUACCAAGGAUGACGAUCCCAAUCGCUUCACUUGUCGUGUGUGCAGCAAAACUUUUAGUCUCCAGCGGCUUCUUAAUCGUCACAUGAAGUGUCAUAGCGAUGUGAAGCGUUAUCUUUGCACAUUCUGUGGAAAGGGCUUCAACGAUACUUUCGAUCUCAAGAGGCAUACGAGAACGCACACAGGAGUGCGACCUUACAAGUGUUUCCUUUGCGAAAAGAGUUUCACGCAAAGGUGCUCUCUGGAAAGUCACGGCCAAAAGGUCCAUGGUGUUCAACAUCAGUAUGCCUAUAAAGAACGACGUGCGAAGAUGUACGUUUGCGAGGAAUGCGGACAUACCACGCAUGAGCCAGAAGUGCAUUAUCUUCAUCUGAAGGAACAGCAUCCUUAUAGUCCGGCGCUACUAAAGUUCUACGACAAGCGGCAUUUCAAGUUCACCAAUAGUAACUUCGCCAAUAUGUUGCUCCAGGGUGGCCUGUUGCAACGGGACUCGCGGAACACGGACAGCUGCGGCCUCGCGGAGCGACGAGAGACGGUUUCGAAGAGCACCAAGGCGACGCACCAACAGACCACGACUAGCUUCUGAAUCCAUCAUCAAUGAAUCCGGCGACCUGGCGAGUGACGUCGAUCGAUCGGGCUGGAUCUCUUCGAAGUUUAGGUCGACGAAGGGAGUGACGUCGCGCGAAAAAGUACCUGCAGGUGGCUCCCAAAGCGGUGACACUGGAACACGCGAAUAUCGAAGUCCGAACGCGACAGGAUCAGAUCGUGCAGGAUCUGUGCGAUCAAUUAGAUUCCGCCGCCUCAAAUUCAUGGGUAGAGGAAAAAGACGAGGAGAAGGAAAAAUAAGACAAAAGAGUAAGAGAGCCGUGGUAAUAACGACCGCUAAAUCGUGUACAUUUUGCGCAAUUGAACGCUCGGUUGUUGUAUUAUAGCUUCUCUUUUACAUUAGAACUUGUAUGAUUAAGUUCGUGCGUUAUUCUCUUUCUCUGGCAGUUUUCUAAAGAAGAUGGUACCAAUGAAAAAGGAUAAAUAUUUGAGAAAGAAUUUAGUAUACGCGUAGUAUUCGCCGUAGCGAUCUAGAAGAUAAUUUUUCAUAUAUUAAAAUAAAACAACCAACGUAUAUAAUACACCGCGCGUUUCUAAAUUAUAAUAAUUAUAGCACGUCGCGAAUUUUUUUCUAUGCGUCGAGCAGAGAAUUUCUGAACGGACUUGUAACGCUACAAAUCUCGCUUCUACCCAAUAUUUUCGGACAAUGUUCUGAAUUUUUUAAUUAUUUUUAGAAUAUAUCUUUUUUAUAGUUUAGUAUUUUUAACUGUAUGGCUAAUUCGGAUUAACUGUAUGGUUAAUUAACAUUAAUUUAAUGAAAUCUUAGAACUCUCUAUGACGACUGAUACUGAAUUACAAAGAAAACACGUAGGACAUACAUAUAUUCAUUCGCACACGUCGAUGCGUGCGUGUGCGCAUGCAAAACACAUACAUACAACUACACACCGUUAAACGCAAUUGCAUAUCUAGAUUUUAGAUGGAAUAUUAAUAGUGGGCCGGAGGCGCGAUACCGAGCAGACCCAAAGACUCGGAUAGAACGUUUCAGGAAUGCGGAUCAUCCUCGGCGAGUGAGCCGAGGAGAGGGAAAAGAGCGCUAUCAUACGGAUGAUUUUUUUUAUCAGAGAUAUACGGCGAGUUACGUUACUUUUCGACUCGAUGGGUAAAUAUGCGCGCGAAAAAUGGAAUUCUUGACGUCGCGAUUAUCGAGAGGAGUGUGAUUUCUCCGAUCGCGAUUUGCGUCAUGAAUCUUCCAUUAUCUUUGAUCGGGGCAUUGGGGAAUGGAAAAAAAUUUCAAGUUACUUUUGAGCACAAGUUACAGAAUAGGACAAGAUCUUCAGUCCAAGAUGGACUGAUCUUGCACUGUAUUAUUAGUGAAAAAUAGAUUUUGAACUGUCAAUGUUUAGAAAAAUAAUCAGAGAGUCGAUUUUCUUCAUUUCCAUGGACAUCUCUUGUUCUAAUGGCGUAUGAAAUGUUACAUAUUUCACUCGUUUUCUCGCUCUAAUAUAGCGACAUUAGGCAAAUGUGAAUAGUGAGAAUAGAAUACUCAUAGACAUAGAAAUAUGUGUGUAUAUAUAUAUAUAUAUAUUUUCUAUGUCUAUAAGAAUAUUAAUUUAGAAGAAAACUGUUGAUUUUUAGAACACUUGAAAAGAGAGAAUCGACUGUAAUUAAAAUUCACAUUUUUAUUUUGUUGUUAAUUUAAUGAGUGAUUUUAUUAUUGAAUUGAGACGCCUUUCAACUGAAAGAAGGUAAAUUAAAUUAAUUAUUAUAAUGAGAGAAAUAUAAAAUGUUGCAUUAUUUAAUAAAAAUUUUAAUUUAGUUAUCCUCUCUUUGGGAUUAUAUUUCUAAACACUGAUAGUAUAGACAGAGAGUAGGCAUAUAUAUAUUUAAUAAAAUC